CUGUCUCGGUGGUUAACCGCGAGGUCAAAAUGAUCAGCAGGACGACGACGACAGACAAACUGAAGGUUGACGCAACGACGCAGUGCGCAGUCUCCAUGACGACCAAGGCCACCAUGGCGAGCCUGUCAAAGAGCACGAACACGCGCACGGUGUGCUUGCAAACGGGACGCAUCACGGAGGAAGUGGGGUGUUUCUGUUUUCCACACCUUCUAGGGCCAGCAAAGGCUGAUGCGUCAACGCAGUGCGCGGUGCGAAUGACGCUGAAGGCCACUCAAGUAUCAGUCAACCCACGGGGCUCGAGGACGGUGGCCGUGCAGACCAUGACCAGCAUGGCAACGGAACCAUCUAGUGGGUGUGCAUCGACGCACUGUGGUGUGAUGUAUUUUUGCUGAUUGUAAAUAUUCGCGCACAUUGAAAUAAAGGACUUAUGACUUUACCAAA